AAGUAACGACAUUUUGUAAUAAAGUGUGCUUGAAUUAUUUGAUUCACCUGCAUGAAAUGCAGAUUUUCUGUGUUAGUGGUACAACAAUGUUUUUGUUAAUGUUGUAAGAUGACAGUUAUUUUAACCGACUUCUUUCUGUAUUUCGGCGCAACAAUGGUCUGGUACUUUAAUCCCGAUGGCAAUGGCAAUGUGAACGUCCGCAAAACUUUUAAAUACAGGAUGAGAAUGAUCUGCUGGGGUCUUCCUGAUAGUCCAGAAUGGCCACUGAUUCCGAAUAAGUCAUGAAACCUGUCAGUCGCUUGGCCACUACGGAUGCAAUCACAGCUAGGCCAUGCCAGUCAGUGCAGAACUCGGUACAGCAUUCCGUCAUCAGCUUGUUGACAUUUCUACCCAUUAGGUCCUGUCUUUUUAGGACUAAAUAUGUGAUCUAACAAAAUCCGACAAAAUUAGGUAAGAAGAGCGUUUUUAUGCAGGGAAAAAAAAAACCCCCUGAUGUGCAGCACAAGUUUUGAUGAAUUCAUAGCCAAACUAUGUGAGGGACAACAUUAGCACUAAAUUAGUCAAAAUUGUUUGUUUGUUUGUUUGUUUGUUUGUUUGUUUGUUUUAAAGUGCUACAAUCACACAGCAUAUAAAGCUGAAUCUGUUUUAAUGAUCAUCAGUGCACUAGAUUCUAAAACUUGGAGCAUUGGAGAAAAAGGAAAUGUCCCUGGGCAUCAUGUCCUUGAAUACAAGAUCCCGAAGGCAUCCAAACAUCAGAAGCACUCUCCAAGUCAGCUUCAAGUCAGUAACCAAGGAGCAUGCUGUGAGUGGUUAAGGGUUGUUGUUGUUGUUGUUGUUGUUGUUUUUGGCUAAACUGUUUGCUCCAAGCCUGUGAAAUUGUAUCUGCACAGCAAAAAAAAAAAAAGAAGAAAAAAAAAAAAGCUGUAUUAGAAAGCUAUCUGCUUCCUCUCUCUUUACAUAAUGUGCGUAAUUAUUAUCAUGUAUACAGUGCAUUACUUUUUAGCUAAUCUAACCUAAUUGAGAUAUUAUUCAAAUGCUUGGAAAUCAAAGAAGGUUGUGUUUUUGUGUGCAGGUCCAGGUGACGUAUCACGGUAGCGUCUGUAACUAGUGGACAAAUUGUAUUUUUUAAUCUGUAAAUUUAGCACUCCAGAGAAGGAUAUAAAUAUAUUGUUGUUAAAGCAAUACAUAAAAAAUGCUUUACCGUUAUCUUGGGGUUGUUUUUUUUUUUUUUGUUGGUCAUUUUGUUUUAGUUUUUUUUUGUUGUUUUUUUCUGAUAAUCAACCCCGUACUCUAUGGCAGUCAUUUUCAUCUCCAGUUCUGGGAAUCCAUUGUUCUACAGAGUGAGAAGUUUUCCCCAGUGUAGACAGACAUGUCGGGAGCGGCGAACACGUCACACGGUGCCAUGCAGCAGCUCCCCUUGAGUGCGGCUGAGAUCCCGUGCUGUCGAAUUAUAUUCGCUUUUCGAUGAAGUCAUGGCGGUGUGUGAAUUUUUGCAGGCAACUUCUGUGAAAUCCAGUUACCUCACGCUUCCUGACUUCCCGUCAUCGUCCUGCCAUUCCUGGGUCCCAUCUGUGAUAAUGUUGACCAUUUGCAUGUGACUAUGACUAAAUAAUUUGUCUUCUCCCACCUCGCCAAAACAUUGUCUUUUCAUCCUCUGUAUUUAUCAUUUGUAGACCUAUCUGCCAUGCUUAUUCAUUGCAGUCUUACAUGCUUGGUUCUGGAACUAAGAACUAACUAUUUUACAUACCUAAUAAAGAUGUUGUUACAUGCUUCA